UUCAAACGGUGGCGGAAACUGUUGGAGCGGUUGCAAGUGAGUUGUGCUGGUGGGUGUCUGCUCGGUCACGGUGGCGCGUUCUCUCCCUGGGGCUGCUUGAUCCUGUCCCUUGCCCUGCUAAGCCUGUCGUGAAAGCCUGUAAUUGGGGCCUGUGGACCGCAGCGGGAGGCUUCCUCGGUGCCCUGCAAGGGGGAAAUUGGAUGCCAGGAGAGGGAGACCCUGACUCUUAACGGCCUGAGGAAGGGGUGCAUGGCCAGGGCGUCCCUCGUGGUAUCUCGUCUAACCGCUGCUCUCCCCGAGUCUGCCGGCCCUUAAUUAUUAAAAAAGCCUUAGCUAUGGCUGCAGAAGCUGCUUUCAAGACUCCUAGUAAACUCUCACAGAGAAGGAAAUCAGAUGAGGCUGUACUUGGUGAAGAUGUGCGGAAACGUUGCAGUGGACAAAGUACUUCAUCUACAGUAUCUAUUCCAGCUUCUCCCUUCAUGCAAAAACUGGGAUAUGGAACUGGUGUCAGUGUUUACCUUAUGAAACGGUCUCCCAGAGGAAUCUCUUGCUCUCCUUGGGCUGUGAAAAAAAUAAAUACCAAAUGUAAUUCCAGCCAGCAAAGUAUAUAUCAAAAGAGACUGAAUGAAGAAGCUAAUAUUCUAAAAAACCUUCAGCACCCAAACAUUGUGGGGUUUCGUGCAUUUUCUGAAGCCAAAGAUGGAAGGAUGUGUCUUGCUAUGGAAUAUGGUGGGGAGAAGUCCCUGAGUGACUUGAUUGAAGAAAGAAAUGAAAAGUACAAGAAACCUUUUUCAGCUGCCACCAUUCUCAAAGUUGCCCUGCACGUGGCAAGGGGUUUGAAGUAUCUUCACAAUGACAAGAAAUUGCUUCAUGGUGACAUAAAAUCUUCUAAUGUUGUCAUUAAAGGUGACUUUGAAUCAAUAAAGAUUUGUGAUGUGGGUGUCUCCUUGCCUCUAGAUGAGAAUAUGAUGGUGAGUGAUCCUGAAGCUGAAUACAUUGGCACUGAGCCCUGGAAACCCAAGGAAGCUCUAGAAAAAGAUGGUAUUAUCACUGACAAGGCUGACAUCUUUGCAUUUGGGCUGACUUUGUGGGAGAUGAUGACGCUUUCCAUACCUCAUCUUAAUCUGCUUGGAGAGGAUGAUGAUGAUACUUCUUUUGAUGAAGCUGACUUUGAUGAUGAUGCCUAUUAUGCAGCACUUGGAACUCGGCCACCACUCAAUAUGGAGGAGCUGGGUCCCUCCUAUCAAAGGGUUAUUGAGCUCUUCUGUUUGUGUACCGUGGAAGAUCCAAGAAAGCGUCCUGCAGCAGCACAAAUUGUGGAUGUUUUGGAAUCAGAAGAGUUCGUAUAUUAGCCAAACCCCACUUGACUCCUGCACUAGUAUGGCAGCUUCUCCAUUUCUAGAAACGUUUGUAGGUGCUAGCAUUGUUAAAUUAGAUGAGGAUAUACAAUAGUUUCUAUUUUACAUGUAUUUAAGAUUAAGUGGUCUUAACGCUGUUCUGUUUUAAAUCAUUUAAAACAGACAUUUUUUAGGUCAGAUAAAUUAUUUCAAACAAUACCUUUUGUUAUUGACUGAUGUGAGAACAUGUAGAUGAGGAUGCCUAAUUCAUUAUUAAUAUAAAUGAUUUGGUUGGAAGUGACCAAGUUCUCCAACUCCCAUUGCAUUCUGUGUAAGUUAUGUCAGCUGAAUGUUUGACUCAGACAUACUGCUCAUCAUAAAAUGAGAAUUUGUUUGCAAUUUAUUCGUUCAGAAAAUGGCUACACAUAUUGUAAAGGUCAAAUGUCUUGUGUUUGUUUCCAAUUUUUAGCAAUAAAUUUCUGUUUCUGAAUGAUGUUACAAAGCCUCUCAA